CACUUAGCCAAUCGGCUCCGUCGAUGUUACAGGGUGGCGUUACGUAGGGAGGCGUGUGUGACAUUUGCUGCAUGAAAGCUAGUUUUACCAACAGCUAACCGGAUAAAGAUGAACAACUAGGGAAGCGAACAGAAAAUACUUUCUCUUUUAAUAACGGAGCAAACAUUUGAGUUUCCGAGCCCUCGCUGUAAGGCCAGAGGAGGCGAUUUGUGUCAAAUGUUGCGUCACCUAAAACUUCCUCACGUCAAAUCGAGGGCUAACGGUUUCUGUUAACUUCUUGCAGUGAAUGUGCGGAGUUCAGCUCGAGGUCGUUUUUUCGGGGGUUUGCGCGCCGUGAUGACGACACUAAUCUGAUAAGAGUGGUUAAUUUCGCUUUCAUGAUUUUAUUUUUUUUUCGUAUCGCAGCAUGUGUGGACGUUAGCGCUUAAGCCGGCUUGGCUAACUGCGUCUUGCACACAAGGUUACAAAUUAGCGCUAGCCAGCUAGUCAACUCCCGCUGCGGCUCGCUCGCCCUCUCAUGCUGACCUGUCGGGACAGGUGUGCAGAACGCAGGCCAGGUGUGCCGCGGGACAGAUAGCUCGCAGAGCGCGGUGCCGCGUCCGACGGGGCUCCUUUCAGGGACCGCUGCCACUUCAGUGAAAGAGCCGGAGGCGGGAGACCAUGCUGCUCUCCUUGGUCGUACACACGCACUCGCUGCGGUACUGGUUCCCAGCCACGGUCAUGCUGGGCACGGCCCCGGCUUAUCUGCUGUCAUGGGGCGCCUGGCGCUUGCUCUCAACGGUCUUGCCGGCGAGAGUGUAUCACAGGCUGGACGACCGACUGUACUGCGUCUACCAGAGCAUGGUCCUCUUCUUCUUUGAGAACUACACGGGAGUUGAGGUUGUUAUACAUGGAGAUAUACCAAAGAACAAAGAGAACGUCAUCUACCUGUCUAAUCAUCAAUGCACAGCUGACUGGAUCAUCGCGGACAUGCUGGCCAUCAGGCAGAGUGCUAUCGGUCAUGUUCGAUAUGUUCUGAAGGAUGGACUUAAGUGGCUCCCACUUUAUGGAUGGUAUUUCUCUCAGCACGGAGGAAUCUAUGUGAAGCGAAGUGCAAAGUUUAAUGAGGCGGCGAUGAAGAAGAAACUCCUCACUCAGACUCAAUCAGGAGCACCAAUGUACCUCGUCAUUUUCCCAGAAGGAACUAGGUACAAUCCAGAGCUGACGAAAGUUAUCGCUGACAGUCAGGCUUUUGCUACGAAAGAAGGACUGGCUGUUCUGAAGCACACGCUCACACCCAGGAUGAGAGCGUCUCACGUAGCCAUAGAGACGAUGAGGGGGCACCUGGAUGCUGUGUAUGACGUCACGGUGGCCUACGAGGGAACGCCGGCUGCGCCCGGUCAAAGGAGACCCGCACCAUCAAUGCCAGAAUUCCUGUGCAAAGAAUGUCGCCGAGUCCACGUACACUUCGACCGUGUGGACAUAAAGGAAAUUCCUCCAGAGCCAGUGUUUUUCCGCAGGUGGCUGCACGAGAGGUUCGAAAUCAAGGACCGGCUUCUCACAGAUUUCUACGAGUCGGAGGAUGCUGACAAAAUCCACAGGUUCCCCGGGGAAGGGAAACCGUCUCCGCUGCGCCUCUCGAAAACCCUCCCGUCAGUGAUGAUCUUAGGGGGGCUGACACUGCCAUUAUUGCUGACGGAGAAUGGCAGGAAGCUGUAUCUGAGGACCUGGGUGUACGGGACGCUGCUGGGCUGGCUCUGGGUGAAUGUGUGUCCUUAACGAACGGGGGCAGCGGCCGCCGCGGUGACACGCACAAAAGACACGGAGAGACGGUGCCAUUUUCCUGUAUCACAAACAACACGAGGUGUGUUCCUGGAUGCAGAGCAGUUUCUCAGGAGAAGCUCCGAGAUGUAUCCCACGCGCCUGGCUUAAUGUCGACCUCGAGCAGAAAGCUGAACAGAUAUACGGAGAAAUUACGGCCUUUUGUGCUAGUUGUGCCCUGGUGUGAUUUGGGUUUGCAGCCUGAAAUGAUGAGAAAACAUGGAUUUGUUGAAAAGUAUUAGUUUUCUCAAAAAUCCCCUUGAUCUUUACUAUAAAGUAAAAGUUAUUAUACGUAAACUAAACAUACCAACCCCUCACCUCCCUCCAAAAAAAAAUUCCCCUCCAGAAGAUUUAUCCAAAUUAGUAUUCCUGCAUGCUCACUAAAGCUCUUCUAUGACUAUUUCUUUUUGGCGACAUUAGUGUGCUGAGUAUUCGGUGAUGGUCAGCUGCUGUGUGUAACGGACCCGGUGCACUGGCCUCCUGGUGAUGGAUCUUUAAGUGCACUGACUCGUUAACAUUGGUCGUAAUGUCUGUUUAUGAUGCCAAGUCCCCGCGUCACAAGGUUAUGCACUUUGCUCAUUUAAAGUGAUGUCUUUACAUUAGUAGAACAAAAUGAAUGGCAUGCGGUCUUCAGACGCUCAUGAACACCAGAUGCAACGUUUACCAUGAAUAUUCAUACAUCACAUGAUUGAUAAUGAAUGAAGCUGUUGAAAAGGUUUAUUUUUUUCUUCAUUUCCAACACCCAUUCAUAUUCUUAAAAAAACAAACAAUUUCCUGUACAUGUUUGAGCUUGUCACUGAACAGAUGCCACAGCGAGCUCAUUCUGAGCAAUGAAAAUGUUCUACUAAUGUAAAAUAUCUUUUUAACCUUAAAAUGUUAGUUAUUGCCAAAACGUGUGUAUAGUUUUGGCCUCGUUACAUUUACUUCUUUUAAGUUAUUGUUCAUUCACAGUUCCAUCACUUUUUUAUAUGCAUUGUGUUACUUUUAAAACUGGGUUACAGCUCACUUGAAAGUAUCUACCUAGCAAAAACUGACAAAGCCAUGUGAACAGUAUAUCACAGGUUCCUGUGCACUCGAAGCCAUUUGUAUUGUAAUCAUCGCCGUGCCGUCAGAUGCAUGGUGUCCAUUGUUGUCGUUUACUGAAAGGAGACCAUUGCAUUUUCCAAGAGUCACUUUACACAUUUUGCUAUCUCGUCCUCCUCUACAGUUAGUCUGCAAUAUGUUCAUCCUCAUGUGUACAGUACAGUCAAUCUUAUGGUUCUUUCUUACAUGUCGCCAAUACCUCACUUGAAUAAUCCUUCCUGGUUCUUUAAUGACCGUUGUCAGCCAUUUUUAUAGUUAUUUUUAUCCUGACAAGAUCAGACCGCAGCUCAUCAGGAAACUCUACGUAGACAGUAUUUCAAUGCCAACGUUUUUUUGGAAAUGUGUGCCUUCUCUUUGGAGGAGUGGGUCCUCGGUCGUCCCACGGAGAGCCACAGCAGGCGACAGCAUGGAAGCUCGCUCCCCGUCUCUGCUGGGGCUGCUGCUCACUGCAGCUUGUGGUCACAUCGUCUACAGUUCAUAGUGGCUUAUUUUGCGCGAAGAAUGCAUUUACACUUUUUUGAGGACUAUCUUUAAAAAAUGAUGAUUAUUAAUGUGUGUAAGUUCUGGAAAUGGGCGAUCGGAAUGAAAUAAAAGCAAUUUCCUUUGGGGAGAGUCAA